AUUUCAUCAACACAGUUGAAGAUAUAUUAAUGAAGAUGGCAACAAUAACCAAAAUCUUGUUUAUUUCGUUUCUUUUCAUCUCAAGUGCAUUUCUAGCAAGAUCUGCGGAAGUUGACGAUGAGAGUGAGUUUAGUUAUGAUGAAAACGCCGAGAAUGGACCAGCUAACUGGGGCAAGAUUCAUCCUGAAUGGAGCACCUGCAAUACAGGAAAAUUGCAAUCUCCAAUUGAUCUUCAUAACAAACGGGUUGAAAUAGUUUCAAACUUGGGAAUACUCCGAAAAUAUUACAAACCAUCUAAUGCCACUCUCUUGAACAGAGGCCAUGAUAUGAUGUUGCAAUGGGAAGGUGGUGCAGGAUACCUGAAGAUAAAUGGAACUCAAUAUCAACUCAAACAAUGUCAUUGGCACACUCCUUCUGAACACACAAUAAAUGGGAAAAGGUUUAAUUUGGAGGCACAUUUGGUACAUGAAAGCAACGAUGGAAAGACUGCAGUCAUUGGAAUCAUCUACAAAAUUGGACGGCCCGAUUCCUUCUUAUCAAUGAUAGAGAAGGAUUUGAAAGCUCUUGCUAAUAUAAAAGAUGUAGAGAGAGCCAUUGGAACUAUUGAUCCAAAGCAAAUACAAAUGGCUGGCAAAAAAUAUUACAGGUAUAUUGGCUCACUGACAGUACCGCCUUGCACUGAGGAUGUUGUCUGGACUAUUGAUAGAAAGGUGAAAACUGUAAGCAAAAGACAAAUGAAACUGAUCCGAGAUGCUGUUCACGAUGAAUCUGAAACCAAUGCUAGACCAGCUCAGCCACUAAACAGACGUCCUAUCAAAUUCUACAAACCAGAACAAAAGCCCUGAAAUACAAGUGAAUUGCUUAUG